AUGACGGAGAUGGAUAGCGAUACCUCUCCAAUUGCUGCUUCCAGAUCAACAAUAGAGACGGACGCGGAUGGGGACGUCGAAAUGAAUAGUGAUAAUGAUUCAAAUAAUCUGGUGGCGCCAAAUCAGAACUUAGAGAAGGCACUUAAAAUCGAAGCGAAUGCAAAUGGAAAUGAGGAUAAUAAGAUGGCUAUUUCAGGUACGCAUAUGAUCGAAGUUGUGGGCAUUGAACCUGUUGCAUCGGGAGAUUCUAUUAAUACAGUGACGAACACUGAAGGUGAAAGACUAAAUGAUAAAGAACCUCCUAUAGAAGGUGGGGGAGCUCAAACUGAUACAGUAAAGAAGCGUACAAUUGCAAGUGACAUGAAGGUUCCAGAGAAAGUGGAAUCCUCAGAACCUGAGGCCCCGAUACCAAGACUUGUUAUAGAGAGACUAGUGCUUACAAAUUUCAAAUCCUAUGCAGGAAAGCAAAUCGUGGGACCAUUUCAUCCAUCCUUUAGUGCGGUUGUUGGUCCAAAUGGCUCUGGAAAAUCUAAUGUGAUUGAUUCUUUACUUUUUGUGUUUGGAUUCAGAGCAUCUAAGAUGAGACAAUCCAAGCUUAGGGAGUUGAUUCAUAACUCAGAGCAAUUUAAAAAUCUCCCUUUUUGCAGAGUAGAUGUUCAUUUCAAGAAAGUGCUUGAUAAGAUCGAUGCACAUGGCAGGAGUUAUACAGAAGAUGUUCCAAAUUCACAGUUGAUUGUCUCUCGAAAAGCUUUGAGAAACAAUAGUUCAGUUUAUUAUGUUAAUAACCACACAAGCAACUUUACCCGUGUUCGCUCCAUUUUGAAGGGCGAAGGUAUUGAUUUAGAUCAUAAAAGAUUUUUAAUCUUACAGGGUGAGGUGGAGAGCAUUGCCCAAAUGAAGCCUAAAGCGGAAAAAGAUAGUGACGAUGGAUUAUUAGAGUAUCUUGAGGAUAUUAUAGGAACAUCGAAGUACAAAAAUUCAAUUGAAGAUGCUACAACAAAUAUUGAAGAAUUGAACGACAUUUGCGUUGAAAAGAAGCGACGUUUUGAUUUUGUGGAAAAGAGCAAAGAUGAGUUAGUGGCGCCAAAAAAUGAAGCACUUGAAUACCUUGCUCAGGAAAAGAAGUUCUUAGAUAAAAAAACAAUAUAUCUUCAAUUAUCGUUAAGAAAGGAUCAAAAAAGCUUGGAACAGAAUAAGAAAAUCUUAGAUAAUUUGAUUAAAAAGUUGGAGCAGUACAAAACUGAGGAAGCUUCUAAUGCAAAGAAGAUCGCGCAACUUAAGGCCAAGAAAGAAACUAUAAUGAAUGAACUUAACUUAACUGAAGGGGAAAUAAAUAAACUAAAAAAAGAACACAGGAAAAUGGAGAAGAACAAGGUGACUAUGGAUGAGAAGCUUAAACAUUUAGAAAAUAGUCGUAAAAAGGCAACAAAGUCUUUGGAAAACCAAACACUUUCAUUAAAGGAAAGCAGGUCAACAUUGGAGAUCACUCAACAGAAUAUACAAAAAUAUAAAACCGAUGAGAAAGAACUCCAACAAAAAUUAGAAGAAGAAAAGCAGAAACUUGAUGAUAUUAAAAUGAGCUUGUCAGACAAAACAAAGGACUUAUCAAAGAAGAUGGAAGUCUUACAGCAGGAGUUGGAGCCAUGGCAGAGUAAGAUAGAUGAGAAACAGGGUGAAAUUGACGUGAAGAAAUCAGAACAAGAAAUGCUACAAAAGCAGGUAUCAGCUUUCAUUGAAGAGAUGAAGGAUCUUGAACAGUCGGUGGACGAAAAGAACGAGCUUAUUCAAUCAAAAAAGAAGCAAAUAUCCAUUUUGGAGCAGGAGUACGCACAUGUUCAAAAUCAAAUUGAUCUGGGGGAGCCAGAAGUACAGGAUGCAUCAGACAAGCUAAAUAUUAUGGAAAGACAACUUACUGUUGCUCGUCAAAAAAUGGAGGAUGCAAAAUCACGUGUGAAUAAUACAGAAUCUAGAAAUAGAGUUCUCCGAGCAUUAAAUCACUUAAAAGAUACUGGCCGACUAAAUGGAUUUCAUGGUCGGUUGGGAGAUUUAGGUGUCAUUGAUGAUAAAUAUGAUGUUGCCGUUUCUACAGGUGGCGGUUCUCUAGAUGAUAUGGUAGUCGAUACAGUUGAAUGUGCUCAGCAAUGCAUUUCGUAUAUUAGAAAAAAUGGUCUAGGUUUUGGAAAAUUCAUAAUUUUGAAUAAACUUCGUCAUUUCAAUAUGAGUAAGAUACAAACCCCGGAAAAUGUAUCACGGCUUUUUGAUUUGAUAGAACCCGUCGACCGUAAAUUUGCUCCGGCAUUUUAUUCAUCGAUGUACGAUACCUUGGUCGCACAAGAUCUAAGAGUGGCAAAUAGAGUUGCAUUUGGUGGAAGACGUCGUUGGAGAGUUGUUACAUUGGAUGGCAAGCUUGUGGAUGCAAGUGGCACAAUGUCAGGUGGUGGAUCUUCGGUAUUUCGUGGUGCUAUGAAGCUUAGAUCCAAACAUCCGGCUGGCGCACAUGAAAUCACGCCUGAGCAGCUGAAUGCGUUAAUUUUGGAUGUUCAAAACAAGGAAAAAGCAUUUAAUGAGGCCUCCACAGCUUUUCAACAAAUGGAAAAGGCACUAGAUGAGUUUAAGGAUCGUCUUCCUCAAAUAGGUGUCGAAUCGUCUAAACUUGAGGUUGAAAUUGACUCUCUUGUGGAUGAGGGUAAAGAAGCCAAGAACGGACUUAAAGAAAUGAAAUUGAACAAAGGCGCAAAUGAUAAGCUAUACGCACAAAUAAAACAAGUCGAACAAAGUAUCAACACUUUAAGCGAGGAAAAGGUUAAAAUUGAGAAGGAAUGUUCGGGAUUAAAAACACAAAUAGCAAGUAUUCAACAAAAGAUAAUGGAUGUGGGUGGUGUUAAACUUAAGAUGCAAAGGGCCAAAGUUGAUUCCGUCAAACAAAAAAUGGAAAUACUUUUUGAAAAGAAAUCACAGGAUGAUAUAGUGAUAAGUAAAACAAAGAACAAAAUAAAGAGAUUGACAGACGGAAUUGCUGCUGACAAAGAAGAGAUCAAGAAAUCGGAGGAUACAAUUUCUGAUAUUCAAAAUGAUUACGCAGAUCGAAUAAAGAAUUUUGAAAAUGCGGAGGAGAAAAUCAGGCAGUUGGAGGCUGAAAAGACGGAUAUAGUAGAUAAAAAAGAGAAAAUAGAGGAGGAAAUAGAGACUGUCAAUACGGAAAUUAAUGAUUUAAGGAGACAAGAAAUUAAGAUAAUGGGCGAUGCAGAUCAAUACAAGUUCGUUAUCGAAAGCUGUCAAGGAAGAAUUAAUGACAUAUAUGAUAAAGACGGCAAACUUCCCUUUAGGAAUGUAAAAAAACUUUUGGGCUGGAUGAACGAGGAAGAAUUAAAACCAUACAUCCAGGAUAGAAACUUGCUUCCAAAACUCAAUCCAGAGGAACUAGAUGCAACGGAUUUGCUUAAUCUUAAAAGAGAGGUGGCACAAAUGUCACAACAAAUAGAAAGUACACAGGUUGAUCUUGAUGUUCUUUAUGAAUAUACAAAAAGAUACGCUGAAUUCUCAGAGAGGAAAGCUGAUCUUAACACAUCUGUUGAAGCAAGGGAUAAGGCUAAGAAUGAAUGCGAGGAUUUGAAAAAAAAGAGACUAGAUGAAUUUAUGUCAGGAUUCACUCAAAUUUCAUCUACAUUAAGGGAAAUGUAUCAUAUGAUUACCAUGGGAGGAAAUGCAGAACUUGAACUUGUGGAUUCCUUAGACCCAUUUUCUGAAGGUAUAUUGUUCUCUGUCAUGCCACCCAGAAAAUCAUGGAAGAACAUUGGAAAUCUAUCUGGAGGGGAGAAAACGCUUUCUUCUUUAGCUUUAGUGUUUGCUCUUCAUGCAUACAAACCUACUCCGUUGUAUGUUAUGGAUGAAAUAGAUGCGGCAUUGGAUUUCCGGAAUGUGAGUAUUGUUGCAAAUUAUAUAAAGGGAAAGACUAAAAAUGCACAAUUCGUUGUUAUCUCAUUGAGAAAUAAUAUGUUUGAGUUAGCUGAAAGGCUUGUUGGAAUUUACAAAGUGAAUAACAUGACAAGGUCGGUGACACUCGAAAACAAAGAUAUUCUCCAUACUAAUGCUACACCCAAAAGAGUGGAAGAGAAGAAGCAGGAUGUUGGAAACCCAGAUAGGGAAACAAUAGAGAGUAAUAAAGAAAAAUAG